AUGUUCCAAGAGCACUACAAUGCUCUUUUCUCCAUGGACUUUGUGGAGACCAAGUACCCAGAUGAUGACACAAUGAAUGCUCUAGGGAUCUUUAAUGAUGUGGAGAUGGUACUCAAGAACAUGCAUUUGGGAAGGUUCUUCUCUCAUCGCAUGGAAUCCUACAAGGAGCUCACUUGCGAGUUCUUGGCUUUAAUGAGAUACUACAUGUACGAUGAGGAGGAUAGAGCCGAUUUGGACCAAGGAUUUGGAUGGAUCACGUUCAUGGGUAAUGGAGUCCAGAGAAAGCGAGCUCCAUGGGCUACAAAGUAUGAAGGAGAGUACUCCUCCUCACGGUCUAAGGCAGCUCAAAUCAGGAUCCCAGUGAUUAAGCUGAGUGGCGAGAAGAGGAGCCUGAACUCGAUCGAGCUGAGGAUCGAGCUGAGGCUCGAGCUGAAGAUCAGUCCAGGAAUGGAUUUGGGUGAGCCUGAGUGCUAUUAUUUUGAGGAGUAUGAGGCUCCAAGGAUGAACCCCUCUGUUGUGGCUGCCCACAAGAGGAUUGGACUUCUCCAAAAGUUCAACAAGUGGCAAGGGAAAGCCAUUGAGAAGAUGCAAAAGUCCAUGGACAAGAUGGUGAGCAAGAUCAAGAGUUUGGAGAAGAAGGUUUCUGGUUCUUCAAGCAAGAAGAAGAAGGCCCAUGGCCACAUUCCCUAG